UGCUGUGUGAGUAAUGUUUGCUAAAAACUGCAGUGCCCAGUCAAAUUCCUGAGCCCUGUUUAUACAUUUUUAAACUGUUUUAAAGAUUGAUGUGUUCAUUAGGAUCCAAUAGGCUUGGGUCUGAAUACCGCAGACAGGAAGUGGAAGCCAGAAAGUUUCAUGAGACUAAAACGUUAGUGGUUACAGACUUGUGGUUAGAUUUUUUGACAAUAAGUCAAGAGUGUUGCCAAACAUAUCUUUUGACUAGUUCUGCCAUCCCAUCUAACAUGUUCAAUUGGCUGUGUAGGCAGCAUGAGAAACAGUAAUGUAUACUACUUUCAAGUUUGUGUGAAUAGCUCUUAAAUGUGGCGAGGAGGGCAGGUCUAAAGAAAACAAGCCGCAGUUACCAGAGUUAAACACGGGGAGAAAGAGAGUCAUUUUCUUCAGAUUGAAGAGGAAGGGGCUGAGCUGAACAGUCAGGUUUAAUGCAAGUAUAGAGAUAUUUAAGGCUACAACUGGUUCAAGUUUAAUUGGCUGUGGAGAGUGAGCAGGAGACGGGUGUGGAGUGACUUUUCUCGUGAGGACGAGUUAAAGGAUGUUUACAUUACAGUCACGUCAGUUGAUAUAAGCACUUCUAUUGAAGGAAGGGCUAUAAAGAAUAAGCAUAUUAUAUUGACAGCUGACAGAUGAUCCAGCAGUUCUACACCGGAAAUAAGCCAGGGCCAUGAAAACCUGUGAUGAUAGCAUGAUGUAUUAUUCAGCUUUGUGCAAGAGCGGGACAGUAUCUUAGCGUAAGCAGAGAGAUGAGAUGGUAACAAAUCCUCUGACAUCCUCAGCACUCAGAGGGCAAAAAAGCAACCAGAUGUGAGUUGUUAUAGUUAACCCUCCUGGUGGUGCUGAAAAAGGAAACCUCUGGACUCCAGCACUAUGGAUCUCUCAGGCAGUCCUGCAACCCAGCGAAAGUUGGGGUUUGGCCUGAAAGGGAAGAAGAAGAAGAAGGUCAACACAGACCUGGUCUUGGCAAACAAGGGAGCUGUGGACAGUGAUGUGGAGGUGCCUUCCGAAGCGUCUUCCCUGCCCGAGGGAGAAAAUACUGAAGAUCAACCAGGAAGCUCUGGAGUAGUCAGAACCAGAGUUAUACCAAACUAUAAAAGGUCCAAACUGAAAACUCGCAUUCAGGACAAUGAAGGGAAACCACAGAGCUUCCAGAUUGCAAUUAACAUCACAGAGGCCAGGCAGCUGGUGGGAGAAAACAUCGACCCCAGUGUGGUGAUUGAGAUCGGUGAUGAGAAGAAACAGACUUCAGUCAAAGAAGGGACCAAUGCUCCCUUUUACAAUGAGUAUUUCGUGUUUGACUUCUUUGCCCACAAAGAGGUCUUCUUCGACAAAGUCAUCAAGCUGACAGUGAUGCACUCUAAAAUGCUGAGAAGCUUCUGUGUUGGGUCCUUUAAGCUGGAUGUGUGGACAGUUUACAAACAGCCAGGUCAGCAGUUUAUCAACAAGUGGGCAGUACUGACCGAUCAUGACAUUAGCACUGGGGUCAAAGGUUAUGUCAAGUGUGACAUCAGCGUCACAGCAAAGGGAGAUGCCAAGCAACCAGGAGCAAAAGCGAGUGAUGCUGAGGAGCAGAUCAACAAGAACCUGCUGCUACCAGAAGGUUAUCCCUCUGAGCGACCCUGGGCUCGUUUCUGUGUGAAGGUGUAUCGCGCUGAAGGCCUUCCACGGAACAAUUCCAGCAUCAUGGCCAAUGUCACCAAGGCGUUCAUAGGGGACAACACAGCACUCAUAGACCCAUAUGUAGUGGUCAGCUUCUUCAAAAAUGUGGGUCGUACCACUACUCAGAAGUCCACAGCAGACCCGGUGUGGAAUGAGCAGAUCAUCUUCACAGAGAUGUUUCCUCCUCUGUGUCAGAGAAUGAAGAUCCAGAUCUGGGAUGAGGGAAGCAUGAGUGAUGUUGCCAUCGGGACCCACUACUUUGACUUGAGACGCAUCUCCAACGAACAGGAUGGUGACAGAGGGUUUUUACCAACAUUUGGUCCUGCUUGGAUUAACCUGUACGGCUCUGCAAGAAACUUUUCAUUAGGCGAUGACACAGUGGAGCUGAAUGAGGGCAUCGGAGAGGGCGUGUCCUACAGGGGUCGCCUCUACAUGGAGCUGGCAGUGGAGAUCCUAGCCGGAGGGAUGGGUUCGGAGUCCAAACUUAAAGCAGGGAAAGGAGGGAAGGAUGGCAAGACUCCUACAGGAGGGGCAGGAGGAGCAGCAGGAGGAGCUGCUGAAGAUGACAAAGGAAAAGCUGUGGCAGCAGAGGUCCUGCCUGUGGAAUCUCCGACUGGGCUGAAUACAGACAACAUGGAGAGAUUUCUGCUGUUCGGGGCGUUGUUUGAAGCAACAAUGAUUGACAGAAAGAUUGGAGACAGGCCCAUCAGCUUUGAGUUCUCCCUGGGUAACUACGGUAAUGUCUUGGAGCCUGCAUGCCAGCCCAGCAUCCCUGUGCCCAGUCCUGCCGUCAGUCGGAGGAGAAAAGCGUUGGACGUCGCAGACAGUGGUGACAUGUUCGGCUCUUUGAGCUCCCUUUCCACCUCACCGACUUCCCCCCUCCUACCCAGAGGGCCUCAGGACACGGCCUUCACCUCUACGUCCAGCACGCCUCCGGAAAGACCGCUCAUCGUCAAAGGAAACAAGCACUACAUGUAUCUGCCUCUGGAGAAGCAGAAGCCGUGUAUUAAUGUGUCGUGUCACUGGGAGGACAGAACAUACCGACUCUACAACUCAAAUAUGCUGGAGAAUAUAGCUGUUCUGUUUGAGGAGGGUGUGGACAGUGCAGCCGAGCUACACAGGAAGUCAGAUCCAGGGGCGGAGUAUAUGCUCCGAAUCAUCCUUAAAGAAUUCUGUAUGGACGCCAGGAGUUUCAUCGCAGCAGCUGAGGCCAAGUUGAAGGCAGAGCUAAAGUCGAGCUACCUGACACAGCUGGAUAAGAAACGCCUCACCAUGUGUAAACAGGAACUGGAGAGUAUGAUAGGAGAGGCCCAGACAUUGGGAGAGAGGAAGAAUUCAGUUGGUGGUGUGAAAGAAAUGCUGCAGGACGCAACAAAACUCAUACUCAAACUGCGCUUCCUUGUGGAAGAGCCCCAGCACACAGUUCCCGACGUCUUUGUGUGGUUGCUAAGCAACAACAAGCGUGUUGCGUGCGCUCGAAUCCGAGCCAGAGACCUGCUGUACUCCAGCAGCAAGGAGGCCCGGGGAAUCCACUGUGGCAAGAUAAUAACACUGUUUCUAAAGCCUCCAGGAAAGCGUGUUGCAGGUUUGUCUGUCCAAGCAAAGCUGGAUGUGUAUCUCUGGUAUGGAACCUGGGUAGACUCCAUCCACAUGCUCGAUGACCUACCUCCACAAUUCUGUCCGGCCACAGGGGGCGUUGAUGCCAGAUGCCCUCCAUCAUACCUGAUCUGCAGCGAGCAGCACCAGUUCCAGUUGAGGUGCCACAUGUAUCAGGCUCGGGGUCUGAUCGCUGCAGACAACACCGGCCUGUCUGACCCUUUUGCUCGAGUUACAUUUUUGUCACACAGCCAAACCACCAAUGUGAUCAGUCAGACUCUCAGUCCAACAUGGAAUCAGUGUUUGCAGAUGACUGGCCUGUUGCUGUUUGGAGAUCUGCAGCACAUCCAGCAGGAGCCGCCACGCAUUCUCAUCGAGGUGUACGACGACGACGCACUGAGUAAGGCGGAGUAUCUGGGAGCCACAGUGGCGGUGCCCGAGGUUCGGUUGGCCUCUGACCCGUACACACCUCCAACUCUGCAGUACAGCCCGCUGCACUGCGGCAGCCAGCCAGGAGGAGACCUGCUGGCUGCCUUUGAACUUCUGCAGAUCCCAGAGUCCGGGGAGCAGAGUCUGCCGGCGUUAGAGGAACAGGAAGGAGGCAUCUACAAGGUUCCUGCUAACAUCAGACCUGUUCUCAGCACCUACAGGCUGGAGGUGUUAUUCUGGGGUCUGAGGGAGCUGAGGAAGGUUCAGUUCCUGACUGUUGAUCGCCCACAGGUCUUCAUAGAGUGUGCAGGUAAAACGCUGCGCUCCUCUGUCAUUCAGAAGUACAAGUCCAAUCCAAACUUCACCACGCUGAUUGAUGCCAUAGAGCUGGAGUUACCAGAGAACGAACACCUCCAUCCUCCGCUCAGUAUCACUGUUGUCGAUUGGAGGGCUUUUGGUCGCAGCACAUUGGUUGGAAACCACAUUGUCAACAACCUCAAGGCCUUCAAAUACACUCCACCUCCAGCCCUGCCUGCUCCACCAAAAAAGACACACAAACCAUCCAAGGUCACAUACACCACUGGACCUGCAGUGGCACCAGAACCACAAAGCACUGAGGGACUGUCCCAGCCGGCUGGAGAGACCAGUUCAGCUGUAGCACUGACAAAUCAGGAUUGCCUGAUCACUGUGGAGGAUGAAGCCCCGGCUCCAGCCUCACCCCCCCCAAUGCAAGAAUCCAGGAGGAAAAGGGACAGCAGAACAAAGAGCACCCGUGGCCGUUCCACCAAGCGGAGGAGGCGGACCAUCGCUGACGAAUCAGCAGAGUGUGUCAUCGACUGGUGGUCCAAAUACUACGUAUCUGUAGAGAAACAGGCCAAACUGAAGGACAACACUCUCUUACCUCAGGUCUUUGAAAAAGCUUUGCCGUACAGCAGCUUGGUCAGCGAAGGAAUAGACUCUUUGGUCAGCCUGUCAGAUGGAGACAAGAAGAAAUUCAAAGGAAAAGUAAACCUGGAGCCGAACUUGGGUCUACCUACUAAAUUAGCCACACUCAAGCUGUACAACAGGGAGCUGGAGGCAGAGUUUGGGCCUUUUGACGAUUGGGUGAACACAUAUGAACUGUUCAGAGGGAAAGCCAAUGAGGAAGAGGGGGCGACUGAAGAGAGAUUUGUUGGCAAAUUUAAGGGACGAUUCUGCCUGUAUAAACUGAAUGAGGAUGAGGCAGAUGACGGUGACAAAGCCCCUGACACUGGACACUUCAGAGUCAACAGAGGAAUACCUCCCAACUCCCCGGUCCAAGUCCUCAUACGGGUUUACAUCGUCUCUGCGUCUAACCUGCACCCAGCUGACCCGGAUGGGAAGUCGGACCCUUACAUUGUUAUUCGGCUUGGCAAGAACGAAAUCAAAGACAGAGACAACUACAUCCCUAAACAGCUGAAUCCUGUGUUUGGAAGAUCUUUUGAGAUGCAGGCGACAUUUCCUCAGGAGUCUCUGCUUACGCUGCUGAUCUAUGACUAUGACUUGGUGGGUGGGGACGACCUGAUAGGAGAGACUCGCAUUGACCUGGAGAACCGAUUCUACAGCCGACACAGAGCCACCUGUGGACUCCCUACUGAGUACAGCCUUGACGGUUAUAAUGCCUGGAGAGACUGUUUGAAGCCAUCAGAGCUGUUGUCUAAGCUGUGCAGAGAGAACGGUCUAGACGGUCCUCAUUUCACACCAGGGCGCAUCACUGUGGCUGGCAAAGUGUUUGUUGGCAAGACCCUCUUCAUGAAUGAAGUGUCAGAUGAACCAGAGGAGUCCUAUGAGCACUUGUCUCUGAAGAUCCUCCACCGCUGGUCGGAGAUCCCAGCUGUGGGAUGCAAGCUGGUACCAGAACACAUCGAGACCAGAACUCUGUUCAACAAGGCCCGGCCCGGCAUGGACCAGGGCCAGGUCCAGAUGUGGGUAGACAUGUUUCCCAUGGACCUGCCUCACCCGGGGCCUCCAGUGGACAUUUCACCUCGAAAACCAAAAAGGUACGAGCUGCGUAUCAUCAUAUGGAACACAGAGGAUGUGAUUCUGGAAGACAGCAACUUUCUGACCGGUCAACAGUCCAGUGAUAUCUACGUCAAGGGCUGGUUGAAAGGUUUGGAGGAUGACCGACAGGAGACAGACGUCCACUACAACUCUCUGACUGGAGAAGGAAACUUCAACUGGCGCUUUGUGUUUCCCUUCAGCUACCUGCCUGCUGAGAAGUUAGUAGUGGUGAGGAAGAGAGAGAGUAUUUUCUCUCUGGAUAAAACAGAGCAGAAGCUUCCUGCCAUCCUCUGUCUGCAGGUCUGGGACUUCGAGACACUUUCCUCUGACGACUUCCUGGGCACAGUGGAGUUAGACCUUCAUGGUUUUCCUCGGGGGGCAAAGACGGCAAAGUCAUGUAAGGUGGACAUGAUGAUGGACGGGACAGAGAGAAUCUCCAUCUUCCAGCAGAAGAGAGCAAGAGGCUGGUGGCCCUUCAGCAAGUCAGGAGAGCUGACGGGGAAAGUGGAGGCGGAGUUCCAUCUUGUGACAGCUGAGGAGGCAGAGAAAAAUCCAGUUGGCCGAGCCCGCAAGGAGCCCGAGCCGCUGCCAAAACCAAAUCGUCCAGACACCUCCUUCUCGUGGUUUGUCAAUCCAUUCAAAUGUUUCUUCCACUUGGUGUGGCGAAGCUACAAGAAGUACAUCAUCGCUGCCCUGCUCGUGCUCAUCACAGUGCUGUUCCUCGCCCUGCUGUUCUACACACUGCCAGGAGCCAUUUCUCAGAAGAUAAUCAAUGGAUAACUCACAAACACAAGCGGAGACUAUGUUAACGUUUGCUAAAACUACAGUACUCAGCUUUAAAAUAAAUAAAUGGCAAUACGGUGUCACUACCCGUUUUAAUAGAUUUACAUCAACAAGAACAAAUGGGCAUAGGAGCAACAGGGACGUUGUAAAGAAAUGCAUAAGUUUUUGGUUUUCUAAUCUGGAAUUGUCAAUAACAAAUCUAGAUUUUUAAGACCCAAUGUGGUUCAAGCUGCACUCACCGCUGGGUUCAAUUUUGCUCUACUCAAGUGCAAGGCAUUGGAAACAAUGGGUUUCAGAGCGCAGUGGUGCCGUUGUCACGUUGUCUAAAAGGGCCUUUAAAACGUAGGUUCUGAUGUUUUCAAGUCUAUGUAGCUACAAUACUCAACAUACCAAAUGUACUUUGAAAGAGUAAUUAAUCACUGGAAAAUAUUGGCUAUGAAGACAAGAAAAUCACAAAACACAUUUAGAAAUACUUUAUAUAAACUUUUAGAGUAACUUUAUUUGGCUUUCACUAACUGCUUCAUCUGAACUAUAGUAUGCAUUUUCCACAGAACAUGGGCUGGGGAUUUUAUCCCCAGUGUUUUACAAUGUAGUCAUUGCAGUUAUGAAGCAACCAAUAACUCAACAUACUGCAGUGUUAUCAGAGUGCUGGCUUUAAAAAAAAUCUAAAUCUAUGCUUUUAAAUUAUCGCCAAAUACAUUUUAUCUGUUGAGGAAGGGACAAGCUUUGUUAAAAUAAAAGUUCAACACAGUUCUUAUAUUAGCUGCAUUUAUUAUAACUUUUGUGAGUUGGUCAAACUGCAAAAUUGAAGUAUUUUUCUUGUUAGCAGCCAUGAGAUGUUUCUAGUAAACAACUCAAAUCAGUAUCUGUCAAAGGUGGUUUCUCGACAAAAAGUAACACUUAUCAGAUAAUUUCUUAUUUAUCUUCCACCUCAGGCCAAGUAGAGAUGCGUGUCUCAUACACAUUUCAACACUUAUUACAAAAUCAGCCACACAAUAUUUAAAAGACAGUCACAUUGCACACUAAAAACAUGAUGAUACAUUGCCUCUGAAAUAAGUCAAAUCAGACAAUCAUUUCACUUUGAUGGUUUCCACAUAUAUACACUUCAUUAAACUACAAAGAACUAAAUUUAAAUACUUUAGACUGAGAAAUAGUUCAAAUAAAAUUUUAAAUGUGUUAUUUUUGUGUAUAUGUAUGAGUUUACAGUUGCCCGUUUUGGUCUACUGAUACUGGAUUUUAUGUGUAACUUAUGUGAAAUGAAGGUAAAUGAUAUCUCAUGAGUAUAUAACAGCAAAGACAAAGAUCAAUAUCUGUUGCUCUGAUUUUUUUUAUCUCUACAUAUGGGUGGGGAUAAGGUGCUUGUAAGCUCGACCUGAUUGAUUGAAACAUUGUCAUGUAUGCUCAGCGAAUAAAGUUAUUCAGUUUGAGCAUG